CAAGUGAUUGUUGAUACCUCUAUACAGCUUUUCAAAAAUGGUCACAGUAUUGGAAUGACACAGUGAAAAAGUUAGGUUUCUAAUCAGGCAUGCAACUGACAAUGUUUUUUUACUUUUCAUUUAGAUUGAAUGGACAAAGUCCCCUCAUACAAAAACAUAUAUUUUACCUCCACAAUCAUGUAGGAAUUCAUUAUUAUUCUGCCUAUUUUUCUCUGUGGCAUAUAUAAGUAACUGCCCAAAUAAAGGAAAUACCAACAUAGUCUCUUAAUAGGGCAUUGGGCACCACGAGCCAGAACAGCUUCAAUGCACUUUGGCGUAGAUUCUACAAGUGCCUGGAACUCAACUGGAGGGAUGCAACACCGUUCCAUCGUUUUGGGUUUUGUUGAUGGUGGUGGGAAAUGCUGUCUCAGGCGUCGCUCCAGAAUCUCCCGUAAGUGUUAAAAUGUGUUGAGAUCUGGUGACUGAGACGGCCAUGUCAUAUGAUUUACAUUGUGUUCAUUCUCAUCAAACCAUUCAGUGACCACUCGUGCCCUGUGAAUGGGGACAUAGGCAUGGCAGCCAAAAUGAUGGCCUGCCCAGCAUUUUUAUGCAUUUCCAUAAGCAUGAUGGGGAUGUUAAUUUGCUUAAAGUGAGACUCAGAAAUGACGUUGCCACGAGCAUCACUGCAGAUAUUCAGAUGAGAGAGAUGCAAGACUUUGCUCUCACACAGUCACACACAGUAUCUGAGCAUGGGUUCACUUCACCCUGUUCACAAGGUAAUAGCCACGGGACUAAUUUUCCUUUAUAUGCGUAACAAUCAUAUGUGUAUAAUCAAUGGGCUACUGGAGAGAAGGCACUGUUCUGUAUAUUUGGAGGGUACGUUUUGGGGUGAGGUGAAAGGUUUUGUUGGGCUUUUUCUUAAAAUAGAAAAACUAAAUGCUACAGUGCUUUAUGACAGUUUACACAGGUGUAUGAGUUGGCCUCUUUUAAAUCUUCCAAAAUGUACAAAGUCUUUGGUUGGAGAUGCUCUGCAGCCUGCAGAGUAUUGAUGUUUGAAAUGAUGUUAACUGUAAUUACACAGUCCUUUUAAUGUUGGAAUUUAGCGAAAAGGUUUGAACAACAAAUCAAUGUCCUGUUAUCAAAUAAACAUUCAGCACGUAUUCUUAUUUAGUGUUUAUUCCAGGGGAGAAGGACUGCCCCCUCUCAUUGAAGCCACAAAGUUCAAGGCCGACCAGAGUACAGCAGGCAGUUUGCAGAAAACAGUAUCCCCCAUCGUAGUGAAUGGGAAGAAGCUUCCUGUUGGUGUUUUCCUGUCUCAUCCUCUCUGUUUUCGCUACCAUCAACGAGUUCAAGAACAGCUCUGAGACUGCCUUGUACAUUUUGGAAAUAGUGACCAUCGUGGUGUUUGGAGUUGAGUACAUCGUGAGGAUAUGGGCCGCGGGCUGCUGCUGUCGCUACAGAGGAUGGAGGGGAAGGCUGAAAUUCGCCCGCAAGCCUUUCUGUGUUAUCGACAUCAUGGUCUUGAUAGCAUCUGUGUCGGUGCUGGCUGCUGGCUCCCAGGGAAAUGUCUUCGCCACCUCUGCCAUCCGCAGUCUCCGCUUCUUGCAGAUCCUCCGCAUGCUGCGGAUGGACCGGCGCGGGGGCACCUGGAAACUUCUAGGAUCCGUGGUCUAUGCCCACAGCAAGGAACUUAUCACUGCUUGGUACAUAGGCUUUCUCUGUCUCAUCCUGGCUAGUUUCCUGGUGUACUCGGUCGAGAAAGAUGACAACGACAUGUUUGAGACCUAUGCUGAUGCCCUGUGGUGGGGGCUGAUCACCCUGACUACCAUAGGCUAUGGGGAUAAGUUCCCAAAGACCUGGAAUGGACGUCUGCUGGCUGCAAUGUUCAGUAUGAUAGGAGUGGCUUUCUUUGCGCUCCCAGCUGGUAUCCUGGGGUCUGGUUUUGCUCUGAAGGUCCAGGAGCAGCACAGACAGAAGCAUUUUGAGAAGCGACGCCAACCUGCUGCUGGUCUGAUACAGAAUGCUUGGCGAUUUUAUGCUACGAAUCUCGCUCGGACUGAUCUGCUGUCGACGUGGGAUUUUUAUGAGGAGAACGUUUCUCUCCCAAUGUACAGACUCAUACCCCCCCUCAAUCAACUGGACCUCCUGAGGAAUCUGAAGGCCAAAUCCUUCAGCAGGAAGGACUCUCAGACAGAAGCCUCCCCCAGCCGGAAGCCUAGCCUAAAGGACAAGGUGUAUCCUAGUCCUUCCAAGAUGGCUGGGGCCACAGGGAGGUCCCAGUCCCCUGGGCCUGAAGACGGGGCAGAGGGAGGGCCGAGCUGGAGCUUUGCUGACCGGGCCCAAGGGGCCAUGCAUGCUUUCCGUGCCAGGGGCAGCACCUCGCGCCAAAACUCAGAUGUGCUGAUUGAAAUGCAGGAUGAAGACUUUGGACUGAAGAGUUCUCCAGCAAUUGAGGGGUUAAUAAAGGCUUGCCUCCCCGGGGAGGACGUUGGGGAUGAUAAGAACUGCCACUGUGAAUUCCUUCAAGAUUUAUCUCCUGGGUUGAAGGUCACAAUUAGGGCAAUAAUCAUCAUGAGGUUUCUGGUGUCAAAGAGGAGGUUUAAGGAGAGCCUACGGCCAUACGACGUGAUGGACGUGAUAGAGCAGUACUCCGCAGGCCACUUGGACAUGCUGAGUCGGAUUAAGCAACUACAGUCCAGAGUGGACCAGAUUGUUGGUAAAGGUCCUCCAGAUAAAGGUGCCAAAGGUGGCGGUGACGGGGAGAAAGAGGAGGAGGACCCCAGCAUGAUGGGACGUAUGAUGAAAGUGGAGAAACGGGUGGGCUCCAUGGACAGAAAGCUGGAUUUCCUGGUUAACGUGUACGUACAGCGCAUGGGCAUCGCGCGCUCUGAGACAGAGGCCUAUUUCAACUCCAAGGAAGCCUACCCGGCACCCCCUUACAUUAGCCCCAAGGAUAGCAAGGAGGAGAAGCAGGAGAAGGAAAAUAACGUGAAAGAGGAGGAGGAGAAGAAGGAGAAGAGCUGCUCCGCUGCCGAGGUCCUCCGCUCCGUGGAGAGGAAGAAGUGCUCCCCGGAGCCCAGGUCUUUGGGCACGCCCUCCGGCAGCCGCAGCCGCCCCUGCACCUCCUGGGAGCACCAGCUGCAGCACCCUCUCAGCCAGCCCGCCUGGAACAGCAGUGUGGCCAACACCCCCUCACCUGUAGGGGGGGGCAGCGGAGAGCACUCCCCCUCUCUGUUCCGCCUGCCACCCCCUCCCCCGCCCAUCCACGAGCGCUCAUCUUCUGGGGCAGGAGGGAGCAGUAUCCGGGAGGGCACCUCCCAGGGCAGGAAGCGCAACAGGAGGCAGAGGCGUCAGCCAGACGUGGCCCCGCUGCCCACCGCGGAGAGUGACACGUCCUUGUCCAUCCCAUCAGUGGACCACGAGGAGCUGGAGCGCUCCUUCAGUGGGUUCAGCAUCUCCCAGGCCAAGGAGGACUUCUUUGGGGCAUCGUUCUUCAAUGGGGUGGCGGCAGAAACAGGGGCAUCUCUCUGCGCCAGGGUUAGACCCUUCAUUGCUGAGGGUGAAUCAGACACAGACUCUGACCUUUACACCCCUGGCGGCCCCUCGCCCCUCUCCUUCAGCGGUGAGGGUGCAGGGGGGUAUGGAGACAGAAUCUGGCCUCCUCUCAAGUAGGCUAGAAUCAGAAUAACUGGCCCCUAGUAUGAGCUGGGAUGGAUUGAGAUAUGAGGGGAGGAUCAAGAAGAUUGCAUAUGUUAACGCUUGUCACUGAAACUUUCACAAACAAAAAAUGGCCCAAUUGAUUCUGUCUUGUGUGAUUGUAUGUGUAUGACCAUUGAGGUAUUCAGAGUUGUUUUAGAUAGGGUGUCCAAUCACCCAAAUGCUUCAGUUGAUGCUUUUCAUGUGAACUGAAGCCGAUUUAAGUUAAAAGAAUAAUAUCUACUGCGCUUUCUGAACACUCUCAGUGAUUUCUCUGGACCAAAAAAUGUGGGGCGAUAUUGGAAGACAUGUCAAUACAGUAGCCCAUCAGUAGGCUAUACCUACAGUACAAGUCACCUACUGUAUGUUUAGGUUAUGCUGAGCCUUCGAAAAUGAUCACUGCCUUGUUGGUUUUAUUCCAGUAUGACACGAUUUUAUUAGAAUUGAAUUGUUGCUAAUAUUUUUCAUUCUGAAUAUGGCGCUCAGUUAAAUCGGUGGCAUUAGUAUAUGAUUGAAUCAUGCAUUUUUUGCGGCAAAUUCAGUAUAAUCUAAAAGCCAAACUAUAAUGUGCUGAUGGGUUGUGUGCUGUGGUUUAUGCACUGUAGUCCUUGGUAGAAAACAUUAUCGCAAACAAAUAGAGAAUAGAUGCAGCUGCACAACCCUCCUUAAGCGUAUGGUCUUCUUAUACACUGCGCUGACUCCUGGAAACGCAUGCCUUAAAUGAGUUCCGCAAAGUAAUACACAACGUACAGUUCUACACUCUUAUUUAACCGCACGAUGACAGAGCGACAUGACAUGAUUUUUAAGAGGAGUUGUUGUAGAACUGAGACACAAGCUAGUAGGUAGGCUUUCUACUUUUGAGUUUUCAGUAAUAAUAUCUUACUGGUGUCUGUUAAAUAUGUCAAGUCAAUUUCUUAAUGAAAAAAAACUGCACGAAAAUAUUAAUAAUAAAUGAACUGCAUGGCAUGUACAGAAUAGUUGCUUUAGGUAGGAAAUGUAUGACUGUGGCAAGUAGGAACCAAACUAAAUGACAUUCCUCAACCAUUUCCUCAACCAUUCCACAGAUGAUCGACAGAAAGAUCGGCAGAACAGGAAAAAAAAAACAAGCAACAUUGCAUGACUGACUUCAACUUAAAUAUAUACACUACCGUUCAAAAGUUUGAGGUCACUUAGAAAUGUCCUUGUUUUUGAAAGAAAAGCACAUUUUUUGUCCAUUUUUAAAAUAACAUCAAAUUGAUCAGAAAUACAGUGUAGACAUUGUUAAUGUUGUAAAUGACUAUUGUAGCUGGAAACGGCGUCUUUUUAUUUUUAUGGAAUAUCUACAUAGGCGUACAGAGGCCCAUUAUCAGCAACCAUCACACCUGUGUUCCAAUGGCAAGUUGUGUUAGCUAAUCCACUUCUUUAGACUAGUUGAGUAUCUGGAGCAUCAGCAUUUGUGGGUUCAAUUACAGACUCAAAAUGGCCAGAAACAAAUAACUUUCUUCUGAAACUCGUGAGUGUCUAGGUUGAGAAACAGACACCUCACAAGUCCUCAACUGGCAGCUACAUUAAAUAGUACCCGCAAAACACCAGUCUCAACGGCAGAGUUGCAAAGAAAAAGCCUUAUCUCAGACUGGCCAAUAAAAAUUAACUAUUAAGAUUGGCAAAAGAACACACACUGGGACAGAGGAACUCUGCCUAGAAGGCCAGCAUCCCGGAGUCGCCUCUUCACUGUUGACAUUGAGACUGGUGUUUUGUGGGUACUAUUUAAUGAAGCUGCCAGCUGAGGACUUGUGAGGCAUCUUUUUCUCAAACUAGACACUCUAAUGUACUUGUCCACUUGCUCAGUUGUGCACCGGGGCCUCCCACUCCUCUUUCUAUUCUGGUUAGAGACAGUUUGUGCUGUUCUGUGAAGGGAGUAGUACACAUCGUUGUAUGAGAUCUUCAGUUUCUUGGCAAUUUCACGCAUGGAAUAGCCUUAAUUUCUCAGAACAUGAAUAGACUGAUGAAUUUCAGAAGAAAGUUAAUUGUUUUUGGCUGUUUUGAGCCUGUAAUUGAACCCACAAAUGCUGAUGCUCCAGAUACCGAACUAGGCUAAAGAAGGCCAGUUUUAUUCCUUCUUUAAUGAGGACAACAAUUUUCAGCAAAAGGGUUUUCUAAUGAUCAAUUAGCCUUUUAAAAUUAUAAACUUGGAUUAGCUAACACAACGUGCCAUUGGAACACAGGAGUGAUGGUUGCUGAUAAUGGGCCUCUGUACACCUAUGUAGAUAUUCAUAAAAAAUCAGCCGUUUCCAGCUACAAUAGUCAUUUACAAAAUCAACAAUGUCUACACUGUAUUUCUGAUCUAUUUUAUUUUAUUUUAAUGGACAAAAAAGUAGCUUUUUCUUCAAAAACAAGAUUUCUAAGUGACCCCAAACAUUUGAACGGUAGUGUAUGUAAUGGGGCUAAGAAUAUGGAACAUUUCUGUAAAUGCAGUCUUGCUUGCAAAUGUUUGUCUCUUUUCAGGCAGAUUAUCAGAUUCAUUCAAAGAAUAUGCACACUUUAGUAGUUGCUAGUUAUAAUUUCUUGGCACUGAAUGAGACCGAAGAAAAACAUACAUUUGAAUGUAACCCCAAUGCACUUUAACUCACACGUUUUCAAUGUUGUUCUUCAGUUUCAUGUUCAUAAUUCAAAUGAAGAAAAGAGAGCAGAACUAGAAAUGCAAUUUAAAAAGAAUAAGGUAAAAAUAAGCAGUCAAGCAUUGUCAAUAUGUUUAGUAGCAUCAGAGGUCCAUCAUCAAAGCCUUAAUUACUUUCCCCAACUGAGACAUAAAUGUUACUGUCAGAACCACCCUUUUGCCUUUUCUGUCUAUGCCAUUACAUGAAGCCAAAAUACUGCAGUCUCAGAACCACUAUACUAGGCACUGUUCACAACUAAAGAUAAAAGAACAAUGUUACUUGUCCAAAUAUAUGCUUGCCGGAAUGUUACAACCCAAAGAAAUUACCACAGCUUUUACAUCUGUAAUAUCUGUAGUUAUGUACCUGCGUUGACAAAAAUAAACUUUGUACAUCACUGGGA